AUCUCCAAUAUGAGGGAAGGUAUUGAGAUAAUAUUUCGAAUAAUUAGAGUUCUAUAUAUUAUAACUCUUUUAGGAUUAUAAAACUUAGUACUUCAUAAAUAAAUACUUAACAUAAAGACAACUCAUUAAACUUUAACACUUUUUCCUUUUUCUCUCUCUUCCACCUUUUUAUAUUCUUCUUCCGUCAAACAAAUAACAGUCAAAAACACCCAGAAAAUUUAAAUAAACAAACCCAGAAAAAUUCAAACUUCCAAAAACAUGGGAAGAAAAUCAAGGAACAAAAUCAUCAUAAUCAUCAUCAUCUUCUUCAUCCUAUGUUUUAUCACUCUCUCUCAUCACUUAUAUCGUUACGCUCACAAUUCUCCGCGUCUAUUCUUUUCUCUCUCCUCAGAAAACAACCUCUUUUCUCCGCCUCCACCAUACUUUCUCUCUCCUCCACCACCACCACCACCAUAUUUUCUCUCUCCUCCAACUCCACCACCAGAAUCACAACCACAACCAAUCACAACCGUCGAAAUUCCAUCACAAUCAACGGCAUUAUUAUCAACGGUUGCGAUCUUAAUUCCAGAUUGGGAAGUUCUAGUAAUCGUACCACCUGAAUCAACCCUAAUUCCGCCAUUAGAGAAUAAUUACCUCUGUGUUUUUCCAGAUAAAUCAUCACCACCGGCGAAAUUCGCCGGAAAACUUCCUUUCAACGGCGGUUAUGCAUUCAAGUGUGAAUUUCCGGCGAGUAAUCGCCGGAGAUUGCCGUUUUUUCAACCGUCGUUAGUCCGUACAGAGGAGAGAGAAAAUUUCGUACGGAAAAUUAUUCCUUCGCCAAAAGUUCUAUUAAGGUGGAAUUUCAUUGUUUAUGAUUCGUUUACUACAGAAAACGACGUUGUUUUGUUCGUUAAAGGUGUUAAUAAUCGUCAAGGAGUUAACAGACCUCCGUCAGAUUUCCGUUGUGUUUUCGGUGAUGAUCCAUUAACGGCGGUUAGAACUUCCGUUACUUCUUCUGUUCAAGAGGUUUUCCGUUGUAAUCGGCCGGAAAUUACGGGGAACCGUCCGAUGAGUGUGACAGUUGAAAUUUUGGAGAAUGAUCGGACGGUUGUGAUGAUUCCAUCUUUGGCGCGCUUUUUUCCAGAUAUUCGGCGCACGAUAGUGCAAUCAGAGAGAAAGUCGCAAUUGUGCGCCUGCACGAUGGUGUAUAAUGUGGGGAAGUUUUUAAGAGAGUGGGUUAUGUUUCAUUCUAAAAUUGGGGUUGAGAAAUUUAUUCUUUAUGAUAAUGAUAGUGAUGAUAAUUUGGGGGCCCAAGUUGAGAGUCUUAUAAAUGAAGGGUAUGAUGUUAGGAUUGUUUAUUGGGUUUGGCCCAAAGCUCAAGAGGCUGGGUUUUCUCAUUGUGCACUUUACUCGGCCCAAAUAUCUGAUUGGGCCGCGUUCAUUGACGUUGACGAGUUUUUUCUCUCUCCUACGUGGCUUGAGUCACGUCAACCGUCUACCAAUAUGUUGAGAUCGUUGUUGCCGAAAGAACCGGAGCUAGAACGGGUUGGACAAGUAUCGAUACGAUGUAAUGAGUUCGGCCCGUCUGAUCAAGUGGUUCACCCGAUUGAAGGGGUUACACAAGGGUAUACAUGUAGAAUUCGUGUGGACCAAAGACAUAAGUCUAUUGUGUAUCUUCCUGCAAUAGAUGACUCUCUUUUAAAUGUGAUACACCACUUUAAGAUUAAAGAUGGAUAUAAUUCGAUUCAAAUUGGGACAAGUCAGGCUAUUGUGAACCAUUAUAAGUACCAAGCUUGGCCCGAAUUUCGAGCCAAGUUUCGAAGGCGAGUUUCGGCUUAUGUUAUUGAUUGGCGACAAAAUUUGAACCCAAGAUCGAAUGAUCGCGCACCCGGGUUAGGGUUUGAACCUAUUGAACCUCCCGGGUGGGCUCAAAGGUUUUGUGAGGUGAGAGAUGAGAAGAUGAAAGUGUUAACGAGGAGGUGGUUUGGAGUUAGUGAGUCCACUAUGGCUUGGCAAAGUGGUUAGUGAUAUUGAUAUUAGUAUCAAAGGCUACUUUUGUUUUUUUAGUGAUGCAUGGAUGUGCAUGAGAAAUAUCAAAUAUCACAAAGCACGUAGCAUAAGAUGAUGUAAAGAUGAAGGUCCAUAACACACCAAAGGGAUGAUUAGGUGUACAUAUUACUCUUUUAGAUUCAUCGCAUAGAUAGAUAUGAGAAAUAGGAGUAGAGAGUAACAUUAUUGUUUUCCUUCUUUUGUAAAGAUUUAUCCACUUCUUUUUGCGUUAUAUUGAUAAAUUAUGUCAUUGUUUUU